AGUGCCUUCUCUGGAUUUUCCAUACUGCUCAAUCACUCUCGAUUAAUUGCGCUCGUACUGCUUAGCCAGGGUUUUAUUUCUAUCGUCGCCCAUCAUGUACGGCCGCUUCAGCAUAUCAUUCUCACGACAAAAUGGAUGACGAUAAUCAAUGUCUGUUUUGCGGCUCGACAGAAUUUUACGUCGACGAAGAUGGAAGAACCUACUGCGCUCAAGGCCAUGAACAAGCCAGAGGGCAUGUUGUCGACGAGGAUGAAGCGGAUUUUGCGAACAGAGGCAGAGUCGUAAGGAAGAAAGAAGUCAAGGAAAAGCAGAAGUUUUCCAGAGUCCUUCGAGGAGCAAAGGCGUAUCAAUUGUUCCUUCAGUGCUGGCAAUUCAUCUUGUGGAAACAGUGUCACACUCUCGUCCACCAGAAAGGCUUGCCGGACGAAUUAUGGACGGUGGUUCGUGAACUGUGGACAUUGUGGCUUUCAAAAUUGGAUCGCCGUCUACAAGACCCUAUGCGGUCUGAUACUCUCACUGAGACAGAGGGAGAAAACGAUCCUGUGACAGAUGAUACGGACACAGAACCGGACAACUCAAGAGGAGCCACGGACGCCCAGAAGCGUAAAACAAAAGUACCGAGUCCACUGCUGAUCGAUACAAUUGCUCUCAACUACCUUGGCAUCAUCAUCUUGCAGAGACCAGUGAGCCUGGCUACCACGUUGAGAUGGAUUCAACUUGAAGAAAUCACCUUCAUCCGCGCCAUCAGACAUGUGCCACAAGAUAUGAAGGAUCGCUUACCUUCAGAGUACCAUCUUUCCCUCGAUACGACUCGACUCCUUGAAGUCGAUGGCCUCCAGAUUGCAAUUUAUCGUCGAGCUGAGAUGUUCAAUUCGACCUUUGGGAUGAUUCUACCGCCUCUGAACGUCAAUCUCUUUCUCUUCAGUUAUGUCCGGUUGUUGGCGCUCCCGAUCGAAGUGUACGGCAUGGCUCGCCGUUUGAACCUCAUGACGAAAUACACCUUUUCAUAUCCUGACACGACAGUAUCCGAGAAGAUGCGACGCCAUGUAACGUCGUACCCCGAGGCACAGCUGAUUUCGCUGUUGGUCGUCGCUACGAAGCUUUUAUUUCCUUUCGACAGCGCCACGGUCAAAUGCUACCCUAAGCGCCCCAACGAUCCCACGACACUUCGAAUGAAGUGGUCGGCUUGGCUCGAAUCGAAGACUCAUUACGAACAGGCACUGGACGAGAUGCAAGAACCUGACGGUCUCAAACCAGGGACGGAGAUUAAUGUCACCGAUAGAGAGGUUUUUAGCAUGACCGAGAAGCAACUCGACCAGUACAUGGACUGGUACCAACGAACGUGGAUAGACAAUGCAUCGUCGCAAUCGAAAUCGCAAGGACUGGGCCAAGAAAGUGCUUUGGAUAAAGAUAUUCUAGAUAUGUUUCCUCUGCAUGAUGUGCCGCCGGUGGGAACCACGACGCUUGAACAUGAUCAUCAUCAGCGUGCACAAUCUCAUUUGGAAACUCGAAUCAGAGAAGUCCAAGCCUCUCUUCAGUCGCGGAGAGCCGUCAGUUCCGAGGAGGAAACAGAGUACGGUCUGAACCUGCUCAGACCCGGCGCCCUCUAUCCCCGUUAUCUCUCCAUCGAGGAAAUAGACAGGGCGGGCGAGGAAGUUCGAGCGUUCCACGAAGAAGCUGCGCAGGUGUCGUGUCUCAAUCUCAAGACUCUGAUGAGAGCCGUGAACAGUACCGAGGAGAAAGUCGACCGGUGGCUAAGAGAGAAACGAAGGAGGGAUAUAUUCGGUGAGGAAAGCCCCAACGAGGAUGGCGACGAUCAGAACCUGCACGAGCAAGAGAACGAAUUGCCGGCCACCAGCCCCCCCAGCAAGUUGGCUGGCGAAAUUGAAGGGCUGGAAUUGGGACCUUCGUCCGCUCUUUAUCAGGACCGAGAGGAUGUGGACAUGGAUAUCGAUAUGACACUACUCCCUGAGCUGGACGUCGAUGCUGGACCGUCACGAUAUUAAAACAUCGUGUAAUGUGGUCUCAUACCCUUUGCGAAAUAUAGAGCAGGUGAACACACAGCACUGAUACUUCGUAGGGAUACGG